AUGGCGGCGCCGGGGCAGAACCUGGCCGUGGUGGUGCACCGAGCCGGCGACCUGCGCCUGGAAAACCGUCCAAUCCCGGAACCGGGUCCCAAUGAGGUCCUCCUGCGGAUGCAUUCUGUUGGGAUCUGCGGGUCUGAUGUUCACUACUGGCAGCACGGUCGAAUUGGGGAUUUCGUUGUGAAGGACCCCAUGGUGUUGGGGCACGAAGCUUCCGGGACUGUCGUCAAAGUGGGAUCGGGGGUGACUCAUCUGAAACCAGGUGAUCGAGUGGCCAUCGAGCCUGGCGUCCCAAGAGAGAUGGAUGAGUUCUGCAAAACUGGACGCUAUAACCUGUCUCCAACCAUCUUCUUCUGCGCGACGCCUCCCGAUAAUGGGAACUUGUGCCACUACUACAAGCACAGUGCCAGCUACUGCUACAAGCUUCCAGAUAAUGUCACCUUUGAAGAAGGAGCCCUUAUCGAGCCCCUUUCGGUGGGAAUCCAUGCCUGCAAAAGAGCGGGAGUCACUCUGGGAAGCAAAGUCUUCGUGUCCGGCUCUGGACCAAUUGGCCUUGUUAAUGUGCUUGUUGCUAAGAUGAUGGGUGCAGCGGCUGUGGUGAUUACAGAUUUAUCUGCCUCUCGCCUGCAAAAAGCCAAGGAGAUGGGGGCAGAUUUCACCAUUCAGGUGAAGAACGAGACCCCGCAGGAGGUGGCCUCCAAAGUGGAAAGUCUGCUUGGCUGCAUGCCCGAGAUAACUGUGGAGUGUACGGGAGUGCAAGCCUGCAUCCAGGCUGGCAUUUAUGCCACUCGUUCUGGUGGGACCUUGGUGCUGGUGGGACUGGGGCCUGAGAUGGUCACUGUGCCCAUUGUGAAUGCCGCCGUGCGGGAGGUGGAUAUCCGGGGGAUAUUCCGCUACUGCAACACGUGGCCUGUGGCAAUUGCUCUGCUCGCAUCCAAGCGGAUCAACGUCAAGCCCUUGGUUACUCACCGCUUCCCCCUGGAAAAGGCUCUUGAGGCAUUUGAGACCACCAAGAGGGGUGAGGGAGUCAAAGUCAUGCUGAAGUGUGACCCUACUGACCACAACCCCUGAGAUGCCGCGGUGCCCGGCCCUCUCCCCCGUUACACCGCCUGCCUGAGAUGCGAAGCAUGAGGCCGCAGGAGGCUGAUGUAUGGCUGUUGCAUGUUUACACAGUCACCUUAGGCAGGCGCUGCUUUGUAAUAGAGCUAGAAAAUCAAACGAUAAUGAGGGUGAAUGGCACUGAGGGAUACACUGUUAGAGUAUUAACAGGUAACUACAAACGGAGAACCAUAGAGAAUAGUUUGAAUCAAAAUGCUGCUGUUUGGUUAGAGACAAUGGUUCACACAGUUGGCUCUUCUCUGGCAGACCCCACAUGCAGAAGAGCCUGGGUGUCUCUGCAUGUAUCGGGCAGAGCUGCCUGCGUGGCCGCAGGGUUUGUCCACGUGGACGCGCUGGGGAAGGGUGUCACCAGCCGUGUGGGUGAAGCCGGGACGGAGAUGCUGGUGCUCCACCUUCCUGCCCCAGCACUGCCCUGGGGCUGUGCUUGCCGCAGCUCUUCCCAUGUGGCAAUCCCUGGGCGCGGGAUAGCCCUAUGUGAAUACUCCGCCUUCCAAUCACACCGUCCCUCGGGGAUGCUCAGGGACUGUAACAGCCUGUGGAACAAAGCCUGGCCAGCUCACCUCUACAUGAAGCAUCUGCACAUUCAGGUCAUUCUCUCCAUGCUGUUUGCAAGUAGCAAACUGCAGGCCCAAAGCUCAGAGCCCGGGGCUUUUUUGAAGAAGCUAGUCUGGAGGCCAGCUGGGACCAUAUCUGCUCUGUCAUCCCCCCCAGCAGCUCCCCAUGGGGCAGGAGGACCGCUGCAGAGCAGGUUGCAGUGUGUUUGCAGGGAAACUGCCCUGUCUGUGGCUGGGACCGCAGAGACCCCUGUCCUUAUGUGGCUCCCAAGGAGGGGCUGCUGUUGGGGGGCACAGCUCGCUUUUAGCAUGGAGGGGAGCGCAGGUGAGAAGUAAGGGGACAGCAUCACUCAAAGGUUUUACCACUGCAAAUGAAUCAUAUCUUUUCGGGGAUAUCGGGCCUUCCUGCUGAGCUUGUGAGCUGUGAAUGAGAUACUAACGAGGCAGCAGGUUGCGGAUAACAAAAUCUAAUCUUUGAUUACAGUCAUGUUAAUUUUAGUACUGAGAGAUCAGUCCCUUUCUUGGGCCGGUACUGAACUUUCCUCAAUAAAUGCUACGUACCUGA